AACAUUUCGACCUGGGGAACUGCCUCAUUCAGUGUGAAGGAAUCCAGCGGCUGGGACCCGGGCUGCACAAGUGCCAGGAGUUGAGACUUGGGCAGAAUGAACUUGGAAAUUCAGGAGUGAAAAUGGUGUCUGCAGCCCUGAGGAACCCAGAGUGUAAAAUACAAAAACUGUGGCUGAGUUAUGUCGGUCUCACAGAUUCUGGUGCCGAGGAUCUCGUCUCCGCUCUCAGUACAAACCGAUCACUGACGAAGUUGGACCUGAGUGGUAAUGAACUGGGAGAUUCAGGAGUGAAACUGGUGUUUGCGGCUCUGAGGAACCCAGAGUGUAAAAUACAGCGAAUGGGGCUGAACAAUGUCGGUCUCACAGAUUCUGGUGCCGAGGAUCUCGCCUCUGCUCUCAGUACAAACCCAUCACUGACGGAGCUGGACCUGAAUGAUAAUAUACUGGGAGAUUCAGGAGUGAAACUGGUGUCUGUGGCUCUGAGGAACCAGGAGUGUAAAAUACAGAAACUGUGGCUGAACAAUGUCGGUCUCACAGAUUCUGGUGCCGAGGAUCUCGUCUCGGCUCUCAGUACAAAACCAUCACUGACGGUGCUGGACCUGACAUCAAACUCGCUGACAGACCGAUCUGUCCCCGCUCUCCGCCGCCUCAUACUGACACACCCGAGUCUGAAUCUGAUCGAGCUGUUCGGGAAUCGGUUCAGUGAGACCGGGGAGAAGAAACUCGAGCCUCUCCGGGGAGUCAGACCCGGACGGACAGUGCUCCUGUGAACAUCCCCGCCCGCGGGAUGGGGAAAUUUGAGCGACUCCCCGCCCUCCCCUUUAACUCCCGCCCUUACCUUUAAUGGCCGCGCGCCGGGGGUGAUUCCCAAAGGUUUUAACGGAACAGUUUCGGGU